AUUCCUUAAAAAUAAAGUGUAAUUGGGCUCACGCUCAUCUGAUCUGCGGAAGUGCGCAACGCAACUCACUAGCGUUGCCAAGAAAUUAACACUAGGCGAGAGUUGCUGAGCAGGGCAGCACCCUCUCAUACGGUCAUACCAUCAUCAUCUACUACCACUUCUCAUCUGGAUUGCGAUUCGAAGCUUUGAGGAGAGAGAAAAAUGGCGGAUCCUGCAAACACAACGCUUGGAAAGAUGUUAAUGGAGCACAUUACUCCCGUAGUUAUGGUGCUUCCCACCCCUCUUGUUGAACAAUCUUGUCAAAAAAAUGGUCUUACUUUCGUUGAUCUGCUCUCUCCGUUCUCGGCCUUCGACAACAUUGACGUUCCUGUGCGGACAGCAAACGACCAGCCUUACAGGAUUAAGAAGUUUAAUUUGCGAUUAUUCCAUGCUUCUGAUAUUCGCAGACCAGAUUUGGAGACAGCAAAAGCGUGGAUGAACAAAGUUGUUACUGAAGCCGGGGAAAAGGAGAGCUAUAGGAAUGACGAUAUCCUCCCAAUCCCGGAGUCAGAGUCAUUGCCGUCGUGGUUCGAGAUAUUCAAUCAAGAGCUGAUACAAGUCUCAUCGUUUUCUGAUCAUGAAACAUUUGACCAUCCUGUUGCCUGUCUUUUGGUUGUUUCCUCAAAUGAUGAAAUGCCAAUCAAUAAAUUUGUUGACUUUUUCAAUACAGACAAGUUGCCCUCUCUUCUGAAUGAUGGUGCUAUGGAUCCUAAGAUUCUUAAACACUAUAUCAUAUUGCAUGACAAUCAAGAUGGACCUCCAGAGAAGGCAUCAAAGAUUUUAUCAGAGAUGAAAAACACAUUUGGGUCAAAUGAAUGUCAGUUGCUGUGCAUUAACUCUUCACAGGGCGGAUCAGUAGAAAGUCCAGUGAACUCAUGGUCUUCUUGUAAAUUAAACAAGGAACAUUUUCUCAACACUGAUAACAUUGAUCAGAUAAAGGUCCUCAUGCAAGAUUUAACGACGAAACACAUAAUCCCACACAUGGAGCAAAAAAUACGGGCUCUAAAUCAGCAGGUUUCUGCUACGAGGAAAGGUUUCAGGAACCAAAUAAAAAAUUUAUGGUGGAGAAAAGGGAAGGAAGAUACACCAGAUACCCCUGAUGGCCCAGCGUAUACUUUCAGCUCCAUUGAAUCACAGAUCCGAGUGUUGGGUGAUUAUGCCUUCAUGCUACGAGACUAUGAUCUUGCCUUAUCAAAUUACCGACUUAUUUCCAUGGAUUAUAAGCUUGACAAAUCCUGGAAACGCUAUGCUGGUGUACAGGAAAUGAUGGCGCUGGCAUACUUUAUGACAGACCAAGCUAGAAAGGAAGCAGAGUUCUGCAUGGAAAGUGCCUUCACUACAUACUUAAAACUUGGACUGCGAGGCCAGCAAAAUGCCAUUCGAUGUGGUCUUUGGUGGGCUGCAAUGUUGAAAGCAAGGGAUCAGUUUAAGGAGGCAGCGAAUGUUUACUUCCGUGUUUCUGGUGAGGAACCAUUGCAGUCAGCAGUAAUGCUUGAGCAAGCAUCUUAUUGCUACUUAUUUUCAGUGCCGCAGAUGUUACGGAAGUAUGGGUUUCACCUCAUUCUUUCGGGUGAUUCUUAUAGAAAGUGUGAUCAGAUGAAGCAUGCCAUCCGGACGUACAAAACUGCACUGUCUGUAUUCAGGGGGACUUCCUGGGGUCUAAUCAGAGAUCACAUACAUUUCCAGCUUGGCAAGUGGUUUGCUAUACUCGGAACGUUUGAUGUGGCAAUUGAGCAUAUGCUAGAAAUUCUGGCCUGUACCCAUCAAUCCAAAACUGCUCAGGAGUUAUUCCUUGGGGAUUUUCUUGAACUUGUUCAGAAAACUGGAAAAACAUUUGAAGUUUGCAGACUUCGUUUGCCUGUUGUCAAGCUCCCUUCACUUCGAGUUGUCUUUGAGGAUCAUCGAACAUAUGCUUCACCUGCUGCUGUUGGUGUAAGAGAAAGCAUCUGGAAGUCGUUGGAGGAAGACAUGAUUCCAUCAUCAACGACUGCCAAAUCUAACUGGUUGGAAUUACAUACGAAGCUUGUGCCGAAGAAGUGCAAGCAAUCAAACAUCUGCGUCGCUGGAGAAGCAAUAAAGAUUGAUAUAGGGUUCACUAACCCACUUCAAAUCCCAAUUUUAAUCUCAAAUGUUUCUCUGAUAUGCAAGUACUUCAUUUCAAGUGACGAAAUGGAAAGCGAUAAUAUUGGUUCUUCCACAAAUUUACAAAAUGAUGAACAGCUCAGGGAAUUAAUUGCUGGAAGUGAUGUAAAUGCAGACAAAGAUCCAUAUACAUUGUCUGAAGUUGAAUUCUCUCUGAAUGGGGGUGAAACACUACUUGUACAAUUAACUGUUACCCCCAAAGUAGAAGGGAUGCUGAAAGUGGUUGGGGUGAGGUGGAAAUUGUCAGGCUCUGUUGUUGGAUUUCAGAUUUUUGAAUCUGAUAAAGUAAAGAAGAAGAAUGCAAAUAAAAGGAAGCCUAAACAAUCUUCUGGAAAUGAACUGACAUUCGCGGUUAUAAAGUCUUUACCAAGGCUUGAAGGCUCCAUUCGAUCCCUGCCUAAAAAAUCUUAUUUAGGCGAGCUGCAUCGUCUUGUUUUGGAGCUGAAAAACCACUCCAAGGUGCCUGUAAAGAAUCUGAAGGUGAGGAUCAGUCAUCCUAGAUUCCUUGCUCUUGGAACUCGAGAAGCUUUGAGUUUGGAGUUUCCUGCUUGUCUUCGGAUGGAUAAUAAUGAAAAGUGUGGUCAUGCAGUUCAGAGUGAUGAAACGGCUUCCCUUUUCGAAUUUCCUGAGGAUUUUAUUAUUCAAGGAGAAGAACCAGUCUUAUGGCCUGUUUGGUUUAGAGCUGCUAUACCAGGAAUGAUGUCCUUGUACAUAACAGUUUAUUACGAGAUGGGAGAUGUAUCAAGCAUCAUGAGAUACCGAACCCUUCGUAUGUGUCAUUUUUUUGAGGUCUUGCCAUCGUUGGAUGUGUCUUUCCAAGUUAGCCGUUGCCCAUCAAGCUUGAAGGAAUUUCUUGUGCACAUGGAUCUUGUUAACAAAACUAGUUCUCAGAGUUUCGAGAUUCAUCAGUUGUCAUGUUUAGGAGACCAGUGGGACAUCACAAUGCUCCAACCUGUGAACAUCCCAUCUCCUAUAAUGGCAGGCCAAGCUUUAUCUUGCUUUUUCAAGCUGCGGAAUGACAGGAAAGCAACCGUCAGAGGAGAUGAGGUCAUUUCACAAUGUGAUAAUAGAGGAAACCAUGUAAGAUUAGGUGCUCAGGUUGACAAUGAAGAUUUGUUUGAUAUAGCUACCUCACCUGUGGCGGAUUUCCAUCGUCAUGAAGUAUUACAUGAAGAAAAGGCCGAGCAGAGAUAUGCUGAAACGGUGGACUUUAUCUUAUUAUCUCAUCCUCAUAACAUGAGCACUGAGUCUGUGGAUCAUUCUCUCCUUUUUUCCCAUCAUGCGUGUCUUUGCAGUGUUGCUAGUAAUGGUCCUCUUUGUUGGAUGAUGGACGGACCAAGAAUGAUUCACCAUAAUUUUGAUACAUCUUUCUGCGAAAUAAAUUUGAGGAUAAGUAUCCACAAUUCUCUAGAUGCUGCAGUGUCUGUGCGCAUUCAUCCAAACGAUUCUGGCCCUAGCACUAGCCAGCCAAGCAAUUCUAGUGGAGUUUCUUCUGAAAAUCGCGUUGGAUGGCAUGAUGUUUCCUUGGCCGGUGAAGCGAAGAUCACCUCAGAUACCCUCCAAAACACCCGGCAUGUCCAGCAAAUGCCGGGAGAAAGUGUAUCCCCAUUUAUAUGGUGUGGAUCAAGUUCUACCAGAAUUAAGGUGGCACCAUUAUCUACAGCCGAAGUUCCCAUUCAGAUUUGUGUAUUUGCACCAGGCACUUACGAUAUAUCUAAUUACCAAUUACACUGGGAAUCCAUGCACCCAGAGGGUGAUAUUGAUGCAGACUCUAAGCAAUCUUCUGGGAUCUUUCCAGGCCACUCCUUUUAUCUUACUGUUCUGCAGUCUGCUACAUAAAUGAAUAUGCUGGAACUCUGUUUUUCAUCAAAGACAUUUAACUGUUGGUCCAAGUAUUCUAUGGCUUGUAAAUUGUUUCUAUUCAUUGAUAUCAAUUUUGGAAAUAGAAAUUGUUGAAAGGUUCAAGCAAACAAUAAACCAUAGAAAGAAUAUUCUUUAUAUAUAUGCAUGGUUGAAAUGGGGCUCA